UUUCACACGCCAUUUUACAAUAGAAUUUGUGACGAUCUGACGCUUUUUUCUAUUCGGCCAAUUUGUACGCAGCGAGUUAUUAAAACUCCUGCAAUUCUAUUGAUUAAAAAGAGACUGCACGCGACGUUUAAUAGUCAUGGAACGUGGCGGUUAUGGUGGUGGUUCGGGACAGGGAUAUAAUAAUUUCGCUGUCCCCCCACCAAACUACCAGCAAAUGCCAAAUAAAACGGGUAACUACAACGAGCCACCUCCGAACUACGGCAAACAAGGCGGUGGUUAUGAUUCCGGUUCCGGUCAUCGUGGUUCUGGUGGCGGCGGCAACGGCGGCGGCGGCGGCUCAUGGAACGACAGAGGAGGCAAUUCCUACGGAAAUGGAGGCGCCAGCAAGGACAGCUACAACAAAGGACCCGGAGGAUACUCGGGCGGCGGCGGCGGUGGAGGAGGUGGCGGCGGGUCCGGUGGCAACGACAUGAUCACCCAGGAGGACACCAUCUUUGUCUCCGGCAUGGAUCCCUCAACCACCGAGCAGGACAUUGAGACUCACUUUGGAGCCAUUGGCAUCAUCAAGAAAGACAAGCGUACAAUGAAGCCCAAGAUUUGGCUGUACAAGAACAAGGAGACCGGCGCCUCCAAGGGAGAGGCCACUGUCACCUACGACGACACCAAUGCUGCUCAGUCCGCCAUUGAAUGGUUCGAUGGACGCGACUUCAACGGGAAUGCGAUCAAGGUGUCGCUGGCCCAGCGCCAGAACAACUGGAACAAGGGCGGCGGUGGCGGCGGCGGCGGUGGUGGUGGUCGCGGAGGAUUCGGCGGACGUCGCGGUGGUGGUGGCGGCGGAGGAGGUGGCGGCGGCGGCGGUGGAGGCCGCUUCGAUCGCGGAGGAGGCGGUGGCGGCAAUGGAGGUGGCGGCGGCGGACGCUACGAUCGCGGAGGAGGCGGUGGAGGUGGCGGCGGCGGUGGCAACGUGCAGCCGCGUGAUGGUGACUGGAAGUGCAACAGCUGUAAUAACACCAACUUUGCCUGGCGCAACGAAUGCAAUAGAUGCAAGACUCCCAAGGGCGACGACGAGGGCUCGAGCGGCGGUGGCGGAGGCGGCGGCGGCGGCUACGGCGGUGGUGGCGGAGGAGGAGGCUACGACCGCGGAAAUGAUCGCGGAUCCGGCGGCGGUGGAUAUCACAACAGAGAUCGCGGAGGCAACUCGCAGGGAGGCGGCGGCGGCGGCGGUGGUGGCGGCUACUCGCGCUUCAAUGACAACAAUGGCGGAGGACGCGGUGGCCGUGGAGGUGGUGGCGGCAAUCGCCGCGACGGUGGCGGACCGAUGAGAAACGACGGAGGCAUGCGCUCGAGACCAUAUUAAGUGCAUGGCAGACAGCCGAAGGCGGCACCUAUUUUUUUCACUUUUACUUAUUAAUUGUAGCGAGAGUACGCUUUUAAAUGUACUUUUAAAAUUAACAGUCAGAGCAAAUUUUAAAUGAUAAUUGCCAGCACACAUCUUCAUUUGAACCGAUUUCUAUCCACACACACACGGUUAUCGCUCGUUUUGACUGAAUUAUAUUAUAUAAUUAUGUAAUCUAAUUUAACAACUGUAACUGUAACAUGAUACAUACGAAUAAACAUAUAUAUAUAUAUAUACAUAUAUAGCUCAUACGUAUGUAUAGAUAUAUAUAUAUAUAGAAAAUCAGAA